GGCGGGCAGGUUACCGAGGACAUUCGAGACACAUCAACAUGUCCUUACCAGCGUCCAGACGGAAUAGCUGCCGCGGAGUGGCGUGUGGAAGCCGGGUGUCGUCUGAGUGCAGUGCCCGCCGCCGGGCCUCCAGCUGCUCUUACUUCGCCCCCGGGGCGCAGAGCGAGGACUUCUCCGUCAGUCUGAGCCAGCCGAUGUUCAUCAUCACGCUGCGGUUCCUGCUGGCCAUUGAUCUGUGGCUGUCCAAGCGCCUCGGGGUGUGCGCCUGUGAGGAGUCCCCCUGGGGCAGCAUACGGCCCCUGGUGCGGCUGGUGGAGUUCUCCGGGCACGUCAUCCCCUGGCUCAUCGGCGCCGUGUACACUCUGGUGCGGGGAGAGAGUGUGGCGGAGCAGGAGAUCAUGCUGAACCUGACCCUGGCUCUGCUGUUGGACCUGCUGCUGGUCAGACUGGUGAAGACCCUGGUCCGACGCCGCAUGCCCACCCAGAACCGCUCUGACAUCCUCUCCAACUUCUUCGUGGAGCGCUACUCCUUCCCCUCGGGCCACGCCACGCGGGCGGCCAUGUGCGCCCGCUUCCUUCUCGCCCAGCUGGUGGACGCGGCCUCCAUGCGCGUCCUGGUGGUGGGCUGGGCCGCCUUGGUGAGCCUGUCCCGGCUGCUGCUCGCCAGGCACUAUGUGACAGACGUGGGCUUUGGUUUGGCCAUGGGCUACUGCCAGUACAGUCUCGUGGAGAGGUUGUGGGUGACCUGGGACUGCCUGCAGGACCUGCUGCUCAUGCGACUGAGAGAGAGACUCAGCAUGGUUUAUAGCGGACUCUGGAUGGCAGAUUGGAAGCUUUAGGUUUGGUCAAACUGUGUGUGUGUGGGAAAUGUGUAGCAUGAGUGUGUGUAAUUCUGAAAUUCCCUGCUGUUAUCAAAAUGUAACUUUGUUGUUUUUGGAUUAUAUCAAAGUUACUUCAGUAUGCUUUUAUUUUGUCUGUCUUUUUCUGUUCUUAUUAGGGUUGCACGAUAUAUAUCCGUAAACUAGUGGCCCGAUAAUGGGAAAAUUACACCAUCAGUUAUCAGCAGAUAAUGAAAUUAUAGCCAAUAAAUAGAGCCGAUAAUACAAAUCCAAGUUGCUUUAGUUGGCUUAACAAGUGCAGCAUUUACACACAGCGGUAUGCACCUUUACAGUUGGUUUGCCAGCUGCCAAUAAAAACCAGAGAAGAGGAAGAACAACAAUGCUGUUGUUGUGUUCAUGGCGCAGAGCUGUGUAGAGUCACACAAUGUAGACAGGAGCCACACAUGUCGUCAUUGGAGUGGGCACUGGUUUACCACACAGUCCUAAACUGCAAUAUGUGUUCUGCAAGUGUUCAGAGAGGAGAGAAAAAGCCUGUGAGUUGAACACAAUAAAUGAACAUAAUAAAUCAUCUAUCUUUG